UUCGGGUGGAACACACCUGUCCUCAUCAACACCGCAUGCUACCUAAAUAGACAGCUGACAGAUCAUGUGACCCAAACCAUUUAGAAUACAGAAAAUGCAUAAUCUGCUCCUACAAUUACAAUUAUUAAUCAUUUACAGCUGCUGAUUUCCUCUUACUAAGCAGUUUUAACAGAUACAGUGUUUACACCUUUAAAACAGCUCAAUUAUAUUUCAUAAAACAUUUAAAACUCGCAACUUUUAAGUUUUUAUUCAUUUUAUUCUCUUGUUUUCAUGAAAAGCUCUAAAAUCUUUAGCCAACAGGAUGCAGGAACCUCCGAUGUCCCAUUUUAUUCAGAAUAAGCUCCAGAGCCAAUCAUGUUCUCCCACAGCUUACCUGGCUGCUUUGCUCCGCCUCCUGAGCGAGGCAGAGAGCGCGGGAUUGGUCGGCCCCGGAGACGUGGAGGUGAUGGAGGAGGAGGAAGACGAGGAGGAGGAGCAGAGGCCUCCAGGGGACUUCCAGACCGCUGAUGCUGCAGACUACGAUGAGACGGGGCGGGGCAUGAGCAUGGGGCGCCCCGGCGCCCCCUGGUGGGACCUGGUGGAGCCGCAGCUGACUCAGGCGCUGCUGGACAGGAUGGAUCCCCGGCUGGUCCAGAGUCUGCUGCAGAGAACCAGAGAGUCCGGACGGACCUCAGCCGCACCGAGCCGAGACCAGGACGCCCUCAGGCGGAUGGUUGCUAAGAUACUGUCUAGUGUCGGCCCUAACAACGCCCAGGUGAUGAUGUCAUCAGGGCGCAGAGCAAAGAGGGACUUGUCCGCCAUGGCCGAACCCGUUAGCCCCACCCACAGACGAACCCGCCGCUCCCUGGACGGCCAGUCGCCUAGCAACGAGCCGCCCCUCCUCAGAGUAAAGAGGCUGGACGACGAAGAGGAAGAGGAAGAAAAGCUCCGCCCACGAGGACCCGGGCUGCAAAGGAUGAAACGCAUCGAUACCAUGGCAACCGCUGACCUAGAGGAAGUAAACCACGGGAGUCGUAGGCGCCGCAGGAGAGCUGCGCUGAACUACGACCCCCAGAUGUUGAUGGAUCAGAUUCUGGAUUACCUGAGGGAGUGAGAGGAG